CCAGUCCAUUUGAAAUAUUGAAGCUAUUUGCUUCUUGAUGGAACCACCUUCAAUUUUCCCCAAUAUGAGUGAUCUUUCUGUCACCGGAAAUAAGAGCUCUCCAAUAAACCAUGCAAGAUAUAAGGAGAUCAUCUCAACUCUUACUCAAAAAAGUAGUUGGCGACAAUCUCAACAGCUCCAUAAAUACCAAAGCUUUUGGUGUUUUCCAACUUUCCUGGAAGGCAUCAUGGCUGCGCAGGAACAGUUCAUAGCUCAUCCUACUGAUAUUAUUGCUUGCAGCCAUCCAAAAUCAGGCACGACUUGGCUUAAAGCCCUGUGUUUUGCCAUUCUAACUAGAGCACAGUUCAACAAUUCCUCCACAAACUCUUUACUCGCCGAGUCGCCGCAUGAUAUUGUGCCCUGGAUUGAAUUUUUAGCUUUCACUGGCAAAAAUAGAGACCCUGAACUUCCUCUUUUGGCCACACAUAUUCCCUAUAAUUUCUUGCCCAAGUCCAUUGUAGAGGCCAACUGUAAAAUUAUCUACAUUUGCAGGGAUCCCAAGGAUGUGUUUAUUUCUUUGUGGCAAUUUGCUGGUAAGGUAAGAGAUACAAGUGCAGAAGCCUUUCCAUUGGAGGAUGCAUUGGAGAAAUUUUGUGAAGGAGUCAAUGCUUAUGGUCCUUAUUGGGAUCAUGUUUUAGGGUAUUGGAAAGCGAGCCUUGAUUUUUCGGAGAGAAUACUCUUUAUCAAAUAUGAAGAUUUGCAGAAUGACACCUUUUCCUAUGUCAAAAGAGUGGCGGAGUUCAUGGGUUACCCUUUCUCUGCAGAAGAAGAGAAACGAGGAUUGGUACAGGAGAUUGUUGAGUUUUGCAGCUUUGAGAGUCUAAGUAGUUUGGAGGUCAAUAAGAGUAGAAAGCAUAGCAAUGCAGUGCCUAUCAAAGUUGAGAAAAAUGCUUAUUUUAGGAAAGGCAAAGUUGGUGAUUGGCGGAACUAUUUAACAGUUGAAAUGGCAGUUAGAGUUGACCAAAUAACCCAGCAGAAGUUCAGUGGUUCUGGCUUGUCUUUCUCAAGUGCAUAAAUCAUCGUCAUGUGUCAUAAUUUGGUGUGUUUUAGAAUGCUUCAGAUUCUCUUCCAUUCAUUUUAUUGUAAUUUAGAAGCUUGCACUUCUUGGGAUCUUUAGUUUUCAAUAAAGAUUUGAAUGUUUGAUCU